GUGGUGGAAACGACAGCCUUGCUGCUGAGUUGAAAUGUUUGUCCACUUAGCCCGUAAUAAUGGGAGCUUUGCUGUUUGUGAACAGGUAGUGCAUUAAAAAUAUCCGCUCUUGACAGCUAUGUUAGUUGAUAUGCUAUGAAGCUAACACGGAAACAGGUUCUCGCGAAGGCUAAGGCCUCCGACUUGGAAAGCGUGAAGAAAUUGAACUGCUGGGGAUGCAACCUUACUGAUAUUUCUAUCUUCUCUCAAAUGGCCAACAUUGAGGUGCUGACACUGAGUGUCAAUGGCAUCUUGUCUCUCUCUCCUCUGGCUGGCUGUCUGUCUCUAUGUGAGCUCUACCUGAGGAGGAACAAGAUUCCCUCACUCGCUGAGCUCUCAUAUCUGCGUCCGUUGACGCGUCUCAGGGUGCUUUGGCUGGCUGAGAACCCUUGUUGUGGAACCGCCUCCAGCCAGUAUCGCCUCACCGUACUGCGCUGCCUGCCUCGCCUCCAGAAGCUCGACAACCAAGUAGUGACAGAGGAUGAGCUUGCACUUGCUCUCAUGGAGGGCGAAGAGGUCACCACCCCCCCAGACAGUGUCCAAAACCAGAUCUCCACCAAUGGACUGCCAGAUGCAGAGACGGAGAAUGACCCUCUUAACUACAACAUGGAAGAGACCAACAAAAUCAGAGAAGAGUUGGGGAUGAAACUCCUCUCCAGAGACAAGUUCCCCUCCCUUUCUUCUCCAGUAACCAGAGAAAACAAACCAACAAUGAAAAAGACGCACACUCUCGAUGCAGUUCUGCUGCUGCUGAAGGACUUGGACGAAGAGGAGCUUCACGUCGUACACACAGCCACCCAAAACAGACUCCAGACUUACACGCUGGAAUCAGAAAUGCAAACGGAUUCACUGCAGACACAGAAAACUGUUGACAUCCAACACUGAAGCGCUUCAUAGCGUGCUCUCAGGGCCUAACAGCUCCCCUCCUCCCUCGACCCUGUUUUCUCAUCAAACAGGAUCCAAAACGCCCCCUUUUCACUCAUUACCUUCCGAUUGCAAGGUGCAUGGCAUGUGAUGUAGCUUCACUGACCGCAGUAUUCACAUGUGGAGGCGUACUGAAUAACUUCUCUGGCUUUCUUUUCUUUUUUCUUUCAUAGCAGCAUGCCUACCUGCCUUGUACAAACAAAAGAAUGUACACUUUGCUUAAUGUAAAUCUAUUUAAGUAAAGACAUGAAAUUGCAA